UGCCGUACAUUGAAGGAGGAAAUAUUUGUGAAGUCAGAUUAACAAUGGCGGCGCCCGUGGAGUGGGCGUGAACGUAUUUCAUUGUCGAUUUGAAUUGUUACCUGUUAUAAUUUGUCAGCAUGCCAUUAGCUACAGUCACAGUGAGAGAGUUGAAGAAUAAAGACACUGCUAUUGAUCUGAGUGUUCCGACCUACAAAGAAAGUCGAGGUCUCCUCGGAUCGACCGUCGAAUACCAUGUGGUGGUUGUGUCGUCUUUGCCAUUCUUCAAGUCGCCCAAACACAAAGAGUCCGAUGUGGUUCAGUUUAUGAUUUCCAAGAAGUUUGCUGACUUUGAGGAGCUCCACACGAGAUUGAAUGAGAAGUACUCGGGGACAGCCUUUCCACCGCUCCCUAGAAGUGUUCUGCGAGUGAACGACGUGAUUGCUCGCGAAAGAAGAACCGAACUGGACCACUUUCUGAAGAUGGUUGCCGUCAUACCAAAGAUUAGCUCGAGCAGUAUUAUUAUUGAGUUCUUAGGUGUGAAUCCACUCAAAGCUGGGAAAUACCGACGUGAUGGAUCUACAAUCGACGAGAAAAAGGAAGACAAAAACGUUGACGAGGAAACCCAAGAUGGUGAAACUGAGAACACGGAAGGACAAACGGAAAGCUCCGACCUGAAUCUAUUCGACGAUGAAGCCACCGAGGAGGACAACACAGCUGGACUCUUUCUCAUAGAGGGAGAUAACCAGACAGCAGAUUUGUUCACUGGAGACACAACCAGCUCUAAACACUCGGAAGCAGUCCUGUUUGAAGAUCAAGACUAUGGAGCAGGGAUAACCGAGGAGGAUGAGAAAAACCUCUUCCUGCCAGACUCGAUUAUCACGAAAAAAGUCCUCGUGCAGACCACAGGAAGUGAAGACACGUCCGAUCUUUUCGAGUUAGAUGAUAACCUAGACGACCUUAUGAAGAUCACGAUAAGUAAAGCCAAGGACCAAGAGUCUUCCACAGAUGUUUCAACCAAUGAGGACAACUCUUUCACAAAUCCUCCAGCCAAUGAAGAAUCAGCUUCCAAUAAUCUUCCAGCCAAUCAGAACAGUCCUUCCACAAAUAUUUCAUCCAGUCACGACACAGUUUCCAAACCAACCAAGCCUCAGCUUCCGCAGAAGCCGAAACCAGCACCACGGUCAAGGCCACCUGUGGUUACAGAGACAUCUGGUGUGGAGAAACCAAAGCCGGCCGUUCGACAGAAGCCUCCAGUUAACAAAAAGCCACUGGUUGCUAAGAAACCAGAAUUGAUGGAGAAUGUUGAAGUUAAAGGAGCAGAUUCUGUUGAUAGUUUGAACACGGACGACAUUCUUAAAUACAUUCAGACUAACACAGAAAAUACGGAGACUGAUUUAGACUUGUUUUCAUAGCUUAGAAGAUGCUUAACCCCUUAAGUGACUAAAUCCAGCGUGGGUGACAUAAAGGAUCACAUUAUGUUGAUAGUUUGAUCACGGAUGAAUUUUUUAUAAAUACAUUCAAUCUUAACACGGAGAAUAAAAAGUCUGAUUUAGACUUGUUUUCACAGCCAAGAAUGACAAUUAACCCAUUAUCAGAUAAGUUCAACUUGGAUGAUAAAUAUUUAGUCUAGUAUAAAAAAUAAAAUGUCAGAUUUAGACUAAAGUACUAAUAAAAAUUAUACCCAG